AUUUAAGACUGUUAAGGCAUCCUGAACUGAUUGGACCAACGAUUCGUUGCCACAAUACGUUUUUGAAGACAAAGCUAAUGAUCAGCCAUGGGAAAGACUGAAAUGUUGGGACUGAGGCUACUUGCGUUUGGAUUUGUUUUCAUUGUGGAUACUUCAGUUUCGGCUCCAGAUGACUGCCAGCAAGAGACUAUCAGGCUGCGCUCUCAGCUGAUGACUCUGGAGAGUCGAGUAAUGAAACAGCAGCAGCUCAUUCAGCAACUACGAAGCCAGCAGGUGGAGCCUUCUGUCAAGCAGGACAACUUUGUUGACCUAGGGGAGCAAACAGAGUAUGCAGACUGUGCACAGAUCUACAAUGACGGGAAGAAGAGGAGCGGGUUUUACAUGAUCAAACCUCGCAAGGCUCCCUCUAAGAUCAGGGUAUACUGUGACAUGAGUGAGGGGGGUGGCUGGACAGUGCUUCAGAGGCGAUCAGAUGGCAGUGAGCACUUUGACAGGGACUGGAGCGAAUAUAAACAAGGCUUUGGAAACAUGAACUCUGCCAAUGGAGAAUUCUGGUUAGGAAAUGAUAACUUGCACUACUUAACUUCACAGGGUGAUUACAGCCUCAGGAUUAACAUGAUGGACUUUUCGGAUAAUCAACGCUUUGCACUGUACAAAAGUUUCAAAGUUGCAGAUGAAAAGGACUCUUAUCAGCUGCAGUUUGGGGAGUACUCUGGGACUGCAGGGGACUCACUUGCAGGGAGCUACCAUCCUGAGGUGCAAUGGUGGGCCAGUCACCAGGGGAUGAAGUUCAGCACGUAUGACCGCGACAAUGACAGAUACGAACGCAACUGUGCCCGUGAGGACAAGGCCGGCUGGUGGUUUAACAGAUGUCACUCUGCCAAUCUGAAUGGUUACUACUACAAGGGCCCAUACACAGCUGUGACUGACAACGGGAUUGUCUGGUACACAUGGCAUGGAUGGUGGUACUCCUUAAAAUCAGUGGUAAUGAAAAUCAGGCCUGUGGAUUUUGAGCCUAAUGCUGUAUGAAAUUAUUCUGACCACACCUCCAUCAUUACAUAUUUUGAAAACAUCAUUGUCAAUUACAUUUUUUAGUAACACUGGAAGUUAUAACUCCACUUUAUGAUUUUUUUUUAGAUAAAGGAUUCAGAAAUUCAUUAGAAAUUCACAUCAUAUCCAAUCAUGAGCGCGUCACUCAAAUCAUAGCCGAUACCUGAUGUUGUUUUUGUUUUGCUUUGC